AUGCCGCCCAAGAAGUGGGAAGAAGAGUCCGAAGAGACAUCUUCCGAAGAAGAAUCUGUCGAUGUUCCAGUUGCCCGACGAAAGUUCGCUGAUGAAGAAGACUCUGAUGACGUUGCCGAUAACUGGGAUGAAGAGGAAGAUUCGGAUGUCGAGAGAGAGAAAAAGGCCAAAGCAGAAGCAGCUGCGGCCAAAGCCAAGGCCGAAGCAGCAGCCAACAAGAAACCAAAGUCUCAAAGAAUAGAAGAACACCGUGAGGCCAAUCGACGAAGACGCGCUGCUGGCGAAGAUGAGGAGAGCUCAGAUGAGGACGAAGCCGAUAAAAGAGCACGCCUGCGCCAAACCGAGCAAGAGUCCGACCUGAAGCACGCCCAAGAUCUUCUUGCUAGUGCAGGACUUGGACCGACAACCCGUACAACAAAGAAUAAGGCUGUCAUCAUCGAAGACAAAGCAAACCCCGGCCAAACCAUUGAUCUCUCCACCCUUGCUCUUUUCCGACCAGCAACCAAAUCACAAUUUGACGCUCUCUCACAGACAUUAGUCCCCCUACUCACAGCGGCCUCUUCCAAACCUCACUAUUCAAUCUGGCUUUCUACGUUUGUCAAACAGAUAGCCGCCGAUCUACCGAGCGCAGAAAUCAAGAAGGCAGCUAGCGCUUUGACCGCCCUGAGCAACGAGAAGAUGAAAGAGGAGAAGUCAGGCGACAAGACUGGCAAGAAAUCCAAAGCAGCCAAGACCAAGACCACACUUGCAGCAACGCGAGAUAUGGGCAGAGGCAUGGCUGAUACUACGAGUUAUGAUGACGGCGGUCUUGAAGAUGAUGAUUUUAUGUGA